AUGGUUUCAGAAUGCCAUCAAGCGUGGCUGAGUCAAGCUCUUCUUCUGAUGAGAGCGAAAAACGUUCUCGCUCAGAGAGUAGCAAUCGAAGUGUUCCUUUCCGCUAUCGCAAGCAUGCUGGAUCACGAGAUGCUUCCCCUAGAUCUACUUCCAUGUCUCCUGAAAGGAAUCGUAAUCGGCAAAGGUGGGAGUCGUGGUACUUUGUAUCGCCUGGUACUGCCUGGUCAAGUGGUGCUUUUCCUUUCGUUCGAUCGCGUUUAUCAAAAUCGCCUAUUAACGUAUCUCCUAAGAAAGAUGACAGGUCUCCACGAAAAUUCCGCUCUCCAUCUCCAAGAAGAUCAAGGUCCAGAAGUCGACGAAGAAGCGUUUCACCCAUUCGUAAGCGAGGACGUCGUCGCAGUUCUGGAGAGGAUUCUUAUGAAAGGAACCGCUCUCGGUCAACAUCUCCUAAGAGAAGAGCACGAAACCGCUCAGUAUCAAGAUCGAGGUCUCGAAGUCCCGCCGCUCGAGACUCUUACAGUACUCGUUCACGCUCUCCUCGUCGGAGACGAAGAUCAAGAUCUCGUUCUCGAUCUCAACACCGUUCGAGAUCUCCUCCACGAAGGGAAUCAUAUGUUAAAAGGUGUGAAAUUACAUCCAAUUUAUCUCUUUUCAACUUAUACACUCAUUUGGUGUUGGCGCUUUUCGCUGCUAUUUUAUUUUUAUUUUGCCACACAUAAAGUAACAGUGAUUCGAAGAAGCAGUUUUCGAUUUUGUUCUGUUUACAUCACUUGAGC